AUAUAUUUAGAUAGACCAUGCCUCACCAGCCAAAAGCAGAGCUGUCUGCAGACACACUCACAUCUCCGAGCUACAGCAAAACCCAGUUUAUCUGACACAUUGCUCAAAGCUACCCAACCUCUGGUAGCUCCUUGAAACAAAAAUGGCUGACAUAGAAAAAGAUGAACGACCCUGGGUCGGUGUACUUCGUAGGGUAGUGACUUUUGCAUUUGCCCUUUUAGUGCUGUCAGCAGUACUAUGGGCAUUUAUUGAUAGUAUCCCCUUGGCCCGUGAUGAGUAUAGAAUCAUGGCCUUCGGAAUUUACGGGGCGUUUUUAACGGUGCACCUCAUAAUCCAAAGUUUCUUUGCCUUCCUUGAACACCGGAAAAUGAGAAGAGGUGGCUCCCCUUGCUCUUACACAAAAAGUGUGGCCUUGACCAUAUCCGCUUACCAAGAAGACCCCGUCUACCUGCGUGAAUGCCUUGAAUCUGUCAAGAACACACAAUACCCUCCCGAUAAGUUAAGAAUCAUUAUGGUUAUUGAUGGCAACAGCCCUGAUGACCAAUACAUGAUGGACAUGUUUAAGGAGGUUUUUGCCAAUGAAGAAGUUGGGACUUAUAAUUGGCCAAACAACUACCAUCACUGGGACAAAGACAAUGCUGAGAAGUUUUACGAUAACGAGAAUCCAUAUGAGACGCAUAUAAACCCCAACAUCCAGUGGAUUGACCCACAGCAACCAGGACAGGAUGUCAUUUAUGAAGUCAAUGAGAUGAACUAUGAAGGGGAUGUGAAUUAUGACAACAUGGUAAAUCAAAGGCAAGUUGCUCAAGCAAUGGAGAUGAAGGAUCGUAGAAGACACCUCUCUGGUGACUUUCUACAAGAGGAAGCACUGCCUGCUUAUACAGAUAUCGAAAUGGAGGACCCUACCAGGCAAGAAGUUGAGUCUGUCAUCAGGAAAAAUAGAUGUGUCUGCAUCAUGCAGAAGUGGGGUGGAAAGAGAGAAGUCAUGUAUACAGCCUUCAAAGCUCUUGGAGACAGCGUGGACUAUGUUCAGGUUUGUGAUUCGGACACUAAAUUGGAACCACUGGCCACCGUUGAGCUUGUAAAAGUGCUCGAGUCCAAUGACCGUUAUGGUGCUGUGGGAGGGGAUGUGCGAAUUCUGAAUCUAUCAGACUCCUAUAUCAGUUUCAUGAGCAGUCUGAGGUACUGGAUUGCCUUCAACGUGGAAAGAGCCUGCCAGUCUUACUUUGACUGUGUCUCCUGCAUCAGUGGUCCUCUUGGGCUCUAUCGUAAUGACCUCCUCCAGACUUUCCUUGAAUCCUGGUACAAUCAGAAGUUCCUUGGAAGCCACUGCACUUUUGGUGAUGACCGACAUCUGACCAACAGAAUGCUCAGUAUUGGCUAUGCUACUAAGUACACCGCACGUUCAAAAUGUUAUUCUGAGACACCUGCCCAGUUCUUGCGUUGGCUGAACCAGCAGACACGAUGGACCAAAUCUUAUUUCCGAGAGUGGCUCUACAACGCUCUGUGGUGGCACAAACAUCACCUCUGGAUGACCUACGAGUCAAUCAUUGCUGGUGUCUUUCCAUUUUUUGUCACAAUCACAGUCAUUAAGUUGUUCUUCAGUUGCCAUCUCUGGGACAUCCUUUGGGUCCUUAUCACUAUCCAACUGAUUGCUUUUGUCAAGGCUUUGUAUGCUUGCUUCCUACGAGGCAACAUGGUCAUGAUAUUCAUGUCCCUCUAUGCCGUACUCUACAUGGCUGGACUGCUUCCUACAAAGUACUUUGCCAUUCUUACCAUGAACAAGAGCACCUGGGGUACAUCGGGGCGAAAGAAGAUGGUAGGUAACUAUAUGCCCCUUCUGCCUUUGUCCAUCUGGUGGGCGAUCCUUUUUGCUGGUGUGCUCUACACCGUCAUUAUGAUGUCAUUGUGCACCGAUUGCCGUCUCAUUGAGGCAGAGAAAAACUAUUUGAUCUAUGGCUCUGCUGCCUAUGCUGGCUACUGGCUACUGAUGAUCAGCCUCUACUGGAUUUGGGUCAAGCGCCUUUUCAGAAAGAGGCAGGAUUAUUACGAUGUCACGAACUGAAAAGGCAAGCAGACCACAAACUUUAGAUCCAAGAGCGUAUAAAGGACAUACUACCAGAAGUAUUAGCUGAGAUGCUGUAUGCCAUGAAGGCCAAUGCCACGAUGUGCUGAAGUCUCAGUGUCCUCUUGCAGGCUGUUUACGAGAAUAAGUAAAAGCAAUUACUAUAAGAAAAGAAAACUUCAGGCUGAAGACCUUUUUCCAACGCAGCUUGUUUCUGCUUUUGUGAAUGUUUUUCUUCAGUUCCUGUAUAUUUUAAGCCAACUUUUUAAAGUGUUUUAGAUAUAUUGGAACAAGGAAGACAAGACAGUCACUGAAAAAGCAUCUUACCUGUGUAACCCAAAUAUGGUCCAAACAUCGCACAGUCUUUGGAACCCAACUUCACCGAACAACCAGCUCAACAAACCAUAGAGACUAAAGUGAUUACAGAUGGUGUAGUCUAAAUCUCUAGAGAUUGGAGAUAUGGAAUACUGACUUGAAGAUAUGUAGGGUACAAUGCAGAGGCCAUCUUCAUCUGGUGGCAACAGGCAACUGGAUGAGCAGCUGCACUCUCGAGCCAGUUCUGACUAUUCCCCAAAGUAGAGGAAAAAAUUCUAAAAACUUGAACUUAUGGAAAUGAUGUACAAUGCAAGCCCUCUUAACUUCUUCCUCCCCCUACUCAGAAAAGAUAGGUGGGAAUGGGCAAAGCAUAGAUGUCAAUGCUGCUUGAAACAAAAUAGAGAUGUGUGCUCUGCUACUGUGUUUGUGGACAUCUAUGAGAAUUUUGCAACUUUUUGUGCAUAUAUUGUAUACUAUAUAGAUUUUAUUAAAUUUUAUAUUAUUUAUUUGUGUUUCUAUUAAAUAUUUAACAUUA